GAAAAGUAUGCAGUUCAGUUUACCGAGGACGGAACACCCAUCAGAGAGGAAGUAAGUGUAGAUGUUGACAGCGGAACGGAAGUAUUCCGUGUGCCUGGACACAAUAACAAAGAAGCAAUGGAUGUGAUGAAUGACUUUGUAGCGGUAAGUCUUUAACGAAAUCGUGAGAGGCUCACUUCACCUUAGUCUGCUACACAGCCGUUUUUAGUGUUAAGUGGGGAGGAGCGUUGCGUGAGUGACGACACUAAAAACGGCUGUGUAGCAUACUAACUUGACCUCAGUAAGGCAGUUCCUUGUUUUAAAAAUUACGAGAACACUAAAUCCUGAUCCUCUCUAGCUGUCCCCUGAACCUCUUUUUUCUUUGAAUGCAAAGAAAUGACUAUUGUUUAAGAACAUGAGGUCUAACACGAAAAAAUGCAUUUUUGCACAAUCAUCUUUUCGCAGAGUCAGAAAAUCAGUAGUAAAAAAAGCAUCUUUUAAUUUUUGAAUAAUAUAAUAUUGUUUUAAAACAUUGUCCAUAAAUCUGAGUUGUCAGCACGGCUAUUUUAAAUCCACAGCUCCAGCGAGGUUUUGCAGUGAAUGAGUAAUUGUUCCUUGAUGGUGAUGAUGAUGAUAGUACAAAAAUUGGAUUUCUCAUAUUUCUUUCCUAGACAUUUUAAUGCACAAGAGAUUAAGCUCUUGUGCAUUGCUCGCGUACGAGUUUUUAAAAGAGAAUUUGACUGUGAACCAAACUCUGGAAAAUAAACAAUCGCUAAGGGAUUAAGUUAAAUGUUAUGCCUUACUUAGUUAUACAGUACUUAGAAAAGCUAAUUUGCGGGUUAAUGAUUGAUCAAUGUAUCGUCAUCCCGACAUCAGGUUGCAAAACAAUUUACGAUUCUUUCUCUCAGGGCCUGACUGCUCGUCGCCUUCUGUCAAUUCAAAAAUGUUAUGUGUCUAAGUUAGACCCAACCUUACCCACCCCACAGAAACUGAAGAUUGAUAUGGAACUGGUAAGUUGUUGUUGUCGAUCAGUUGUUUUAUAGUUAUUUAUUUAUUUUUAAAAUAUAACCGGUUGCAAUUUCUGCUUUCAUCAAAUGCAUUAUUUAGGAUUACAAGUUGAAUCAAACAUUUUCUUUAUUCAAGACAAUGAAUGUCCUCUUUUCUGAAUUGAAUGUCGUCUAUUCUGCAAGAAGAGACUAGAGUUAAUAAGGAUUAAUGUCAGUUAGGGGUAUUUGGCCUUACUCUAGUGUGACUGUUGAGAAUGACUAAAGAUGAGACAUUAGAGUACCCUACUUUAUUGCAGAGAGGGUGGAAAGUUAUAAGUUCAGUUACUGAAGGAAAAAAUAAGCGACGAAAGUGUGUCCGCCUGAAAAUGACUCACGGUUCUCGCCGAUACAAUUCCUGAGUUAUUUGUUUUCUAACCUUAGUUAUUCUUCUUUCAUAAAAGGCAACAAAACAGCCCUUGACUGACGAGAAGUUAACAACCAACACAACUCCGAUUGUGUUGGGCUUUGCAGACCGCUCCUCAUUACCACAAAGGAUUUUGGACUUUUGUGGCAGUCUCCCCAUCUAUGAGGUCGAAGAAGUCUCAGUGGAGGAGAUGAACGCGACUCUUUUCAACUCGGAAGGUACAAAAAAAAAGCUUUAAUUUACUAUUUUAUCAGAAACGGAUCUGUGACAAAAACACACACACACACAGGCUGGCUCGCAAAGGUUUUCUCCCCAAUUAUGAAGUGCAUUGUAUGAUACAAUACCACUUUCAGCCCCGGAUUACUGCUCUUUGUUUACGUCUGUCUUCAGGUAUGUUAAGAGCGGUUCCGAGUCGUUACCAGUCCUUGGAGACAUGGAGACUUAAUGAACAGUCCGUUACAAUCCCGCCCCCUCCCCUCCCUUCCACAGCCAGUAAGAGCGUAUUUACCAGUAAUUCACGACCAAGAAGUUAGCUCUUACCCAAAUACUGAGAGUGCUCUGCAAAUAAACGAUGAAUGUAGCCAGGCGCUUAGCCAACCUGCUCGCAGGCUAAGACGUAAGGGACGUCGAGGAAGAAAAGCCAAGCGAAAAUAUUAAACCCCCUCGACAGCGUGAAACGGGCUACAAUGAAUGAUUACGAGGUAAAGGGUUAAAAAAAAUUUUAAACAUCUAAGCAUUCUAAGGAAUACAUGCCGUUUGCUAAAGGGGAAAGCCUGAUCGUUAAUGCAGUCGAUGUUUGACAAUCUUACUAACUUAAAGUCGAAUUUCAAAUUCAUCUGAAGUGAAGUGUAGUAAUAGUCUACAAAAAUUUAAAUGAAAAUUAUGUCUAUAAUAAUGUUCAUUCUAAUGUCCCUGUUGCAGGAUAUCAAGGUCUGCAGGGACGCAGCAGACGGUCAGUUUUCGAUAAAGUAUCGUGCUCCAGCGGGGGUACUCACAGAGGAGGAGUGUCGUUUUGCUUGGACCUCAAAGAAAAGAUGAAGCCAAAAUCCUGUACCUUCUCUUCUAGUUCGUGCUAUUACUUCAUUGUUUGUACCGCCGAUAGUUAUGGCGGUCAUACCUGUUCUUAUGCUAGGCACGGCUAUUAUGAUUACUGCUGUUCUUGGACCUGCGAUUUACUCGACUCCUUGGGGUAA